CUCCUCCACCUCCUCCCCACCUUGGUUCAACCAGCCCAGUCUCUUGCUCGUCCUCCAAUCUCCAAAUUCUCCGUCGGGGCCGUCGGCCUUGGCUCCGACAGCUGCAUUUUUAUAGGCGUCAAUCUCGAGUUCUCUGGUCUCCCCUUAAAUCAAUCCGUCCACGUAGAGCAGUUCCUCUGCAACAACCUCGCCGUCUAUGGUUGCCCUCGCCUCAUUGCUCUCGCCGUCUCCGCUGCCCCUUGUGGCCACUGCCGCCAGUUCUUCCAAGAACUCCGGGAUUCUUCCUCUCUUCAAAUCCUCAUCACCUCCGACCACCCAAAUCAAAACUUUUCAAAAUCUCCCCUCCCCUUUAAGCCAUUGUCGGAAUUCUUAACCAACCCAUUUGGCCCCUGUGAUCUGUUGGAUAAAGAAUCUCCCCUCCUCCUCGAACCCCAUAGCAAUGGGCUAUCUUUUGAUACUUCCCAAAAACACGCAAAUUUGUGCAAUGGCUAUUCAAAAGAAUCCGAACUUGAUGGGAAUUUUAAAAAUUUAAGCAAUGGAUUUUACGGAGAGUUGGAAGAAAGUGAGGCCCUUCCGAGGAUAGAAGCCUUGGAGGCUGCCAUCAAGUCACAUGCACCGUAUAGCGGGUGCUCAUCCGGGGUGGCCCUGAUGGAUCCCGAAGGGAAAGUGUACAGGGGAUCAUAUAUCGAGUCUGCAGCAUAUAAUCCGAGUUUGGGGCCGGUUCAGGCUGCACUGGCGGCGUAUAUAGCUGGGGGAGGAGGUGGAUACGAGAGGAUUGUGGCGGCAGCUCUGGUGGAGAGGGAAGGUGCUAAAGUCAGUCAUGAGGAUACGGCGAGGUUGCUGUUUAAGAGGGUCUCACCUAAAUGUGAGUUUAGGGUGUAUCAUUGCUCUUCUGUUGAGAAUGGAUGUAAAAAAGCUUCAGAAUGAUCUGAGGUAACAAAUAGUAUUCAGGGUAGAUGUUGUGAUUGAAUUGCCUGCAAUUGUGGAUUUUGUACG